AAUGGCGACAUUUAUGCGUGUCGUAUUAAUACAGUAUUGGCUGAGAGCGAAGCGAGAUGGACAAGGAGCUGUAUGACCUGAUCUCAAAGCAGAGAACCGCGCAUUGUUGUAGGUGGGUUCUUCUUGAGAUUUUUCGCAAGAAUUAUGCGUUGUUUUCAAAUUUUGUGUACAGGCUCCUCUUCUCGGUGAUGUUGAGGAUACAGCAUGCCACCGACAGUCGUUUGUUCGUUCCGGUGGUGGCGGCUGGUGAAACAGGCUCCUCUCGCUCUCUUAGUUUAUCUCCUGGUACUACUGCCACACGCGCACGCGAUCGCAGAGGCUUCCCUUCCAAAAUCCUGGAGCGGCGCAGAUCCAGCACGACCAGGCCUGCGGCUGACCGUACUUCGCAAUCCUUCUCCUGCUGAACCUCAAGAGGAUGAAAAAAGCGACUCAACACAGAAAAAUACAGCAAGGCGUACUACUGUCAAAGCCGUUGGAAAUGAUGAAAGUGCUAGAGAGGGGGUGUCUUCAAGCAGUGGAUCAAAAGACCGCUCGCUUGCGGUCGGGGGAGCGACGUCGGCCGCUGCACAGCGGGUGUGGGCUUUACGAAACGGCAUGCAGCUUCCGAAUCCUUUUUGCAGAUUCUACCACAACGAUCGUUACCAGUGCAUGAACACAGCCGGGUGCCGCUACGGUUGCCCGGGCACAUCGUGCGCAGCUGAUCAGGUCCCCACCUGCCUCAAUGCAACAAUCGGCUGGCGCGUAUCAGAAGUGGAGUUUUUUUCGGACGAAGGUGUCAUGACAUAAUUUUCAAAGUAAAACAGAUUUCUUACAAUCUAGACACGUUUUAUUUUCUGUCAAUUACACGCUCUUCACCCAUUGAAUCAAUAACUGUCUGUACAAAAAAGUAAGUAGGUACAACCAAUACAACUACAUACUUUUUUUAACGGCAUUAUAUAUUUUCUCAAGCUGUUGUUUUCUUCUAGUCUGUUCCAAGGUUCCUCCUCAUUUUGAUCUUGCAAAUUAUUGAAUUUUUAGCACCUCCUCCAGGAUGCACAAGUUUGAUUGUGCCGAAAAAGUUCGUAUCAGAGCCCAGAGUCCGAGACUCAAGUUGCUCGCGCCGCGCAACAGAGAGUGCUUAUGGACCCUCCAACGCAUUCGAUGGUAUGACGAACACCAUCUGGGUAGCGCCUUGUUGCGGCAACUGUGGUAUGUGGCAAGCAUCUCUUGGAGCCGAUUUUGGAACGCCAGAGGUGGUUCAGUGCGUGAAAAUUUGGCAAGUCGAUCAAUACUUUUCUUUACGGCAGCAUCAGCCAAGGGCUAUAGUACAUCACGUCUUCCACAUCAAAUCAUCUUUGGCUCAGUACUUGUUCCUUACGUAGGGGGAAAAAAUUCAAAAGUAGAACGCCAAAGACUUUAUUGCUCUAAUUUCUCCUGUGAUCGCACUUGCGAAAGAAGGCACCGCCGUGGGACAAGACAACAGUCUUUGGGUAUCGAUUAGAAAUUCGUUUUUGCUGUAGCUAGUGUCGCUGAUGGAGAAUGUAAAAUUAUCAUGCUUGCAAUUUUAUCUGAACAUGAUGAUGGAGUCUACUUCUCAAUAAUUGAUCUCCUUCUCUUCUUAUGAUUUCAGUGAUGUCGGUAUUUAUGUAUAAUAUCCGUAUCUACAGCGCAACGUGGUCACUUGGAGUGACUUCACAGCAAGUGGGCCCGAGGUCCGACUUUCCGGAAUCCAAACUGCGCUCAAAAACGCAAUCAAGUUCGACGUGCGUCCGAAAUUACACUGUCGGAGUUUCAUAUUUGGGCCGAAGUUCACGGAUUUGAAACUAGCUAGGAACUAUUGCAUAUCCGACAAUGUAUUGCUUUGUCUCAAGAUUCUGAUUUUUUCGAAGUGGUGAUUCGAAGAUGCCUAUGGCCAUAUUUUCAGACUCACAUUUUGUUGCUAAACUGAGAACGACGUAAGAACGAAGAUCUAAAUUUCCAUUUCCAUAACCAAAAUGCCAUUUCAAAAAAACGUUUAGCUUUGCGGCGCAGUGUACGAGUACGCGUGUCAAGAUUUGAGUUACAACGUGACCAUUGGGAAUAGCUUAGACCUCGCUGUACUGUACGAUCACCUGUCGGUCACACCCACUGCGUACACGACAAUCGACGACCCAAUAGGAACUAUGCACGUUCUCGUAACGCGAAAGACAUCUUUAAACGGAGACACGCUGAUCCUCGGAAGCCGGGUCAUGCAGCCGAAAAACGUCUCAGGACAUCUGAAUCCGCCAUCCACCUACCCCUUCUCGGUCGAAUUCAGUACUAAAUCUGUACAAGAUUUGGGAAACUGUGAUGUAACAACUAUCCAAGAAUGACUACAUCGAUCCUUGCCACUUAUGUUUUUUUUGCAGGGAACGUUCUUGUGAAAAUUUAUGUCGCCAACAGUUAGUGGAAUUCGCUACCUCGACCUGUUAAGCUUUUUCUGACGAGUCUUGUUUCCCAAGGUAUAAAACCAAUGCACGGAGAGUUGCACCUGUGUGCCCUUGAUUACGUUGCGACACCAAGUGAAGAAGGGUCGUGUGUGCACCACAAAACCGGGAGCUUAUUAGAGUUUCGGCCGUAUGGGAAUCUUGCAGCUCCGCUGAGUAAGGUAACGCAAAACAUAUACUGCAUUGCACAGACGGACGGAGGAUGCAGUGCAGCAUUUUGCGCGGAGGCUUGUCUUAGGUUGAAUAGAAGAAACAUGAUCUAGAUCGUCUGUCAGAAGAACAGAAGGUGAUACGCAGUAGUUGCACCAGUUGUACUCGUUUGUUAUCCUGUUGUAGGUAAGUGGUUACUCAACGAACGAUACCAGUUGCAAACGAGGCGACUUUCUUGUGUACCUUUUUCGCUAAUAAUCUUGCGAUGGAUAAUACCUGUAAUGCCUUUCAGUACGUGGCACGCGAAAACGGGAAUCACCAACGACUGUGCCAACUACUCAUGAUGCCGCCUUACCCCCUUUUUGCGCCCCCAAAAGGUCUACAGCCUAUGGAUGGUACGCUCGACGUCACCGACUUUUACUACCGAAUUAUCAAGCAGAAUGAAACAGCGACGCUGGAAAAAACCUACGUCACGCUGAACUCGGCAACGGUCCGGCGAGCGGGCUCGUCACUUCCUCUCGUCGGAUACAGCGCCACUUUGUUCCAAACGCUCGUGAUUGCACUUUGCGGACUCCUUGUGUCGCGCUUUAUUGCCGGAUAAGUGGUUGCAGCGUUUGUAACUCGUUGAUCAUUAGUAGCAGAAUGUAAACGUAGACCUUGGAGACACUAUUUUGCUUGAAUUGUCGAUGAACACGUCUUCAAAAAUCAGGAGUUCAAUAGUUGUGUUGUCCCCACGCGCCAUGAAUGAGAAUGAAAAGAAUUAUUUCCUGCUACCAACCCACAAGAAACUGUUUUGCCAAGAAAAAUCUGAUGCUGUCUUAGAGUUGAUAGUCUUAAAUAGCUGAUAGAUCGAUGCAGUGAUCCGCAACAGUGUUGCACAAAAAUUAUGGGCUUGUAAGUAAGUACAUAAGUAGUAAGCCAGUUUUUUUUGUUCUAAAAUUACGAGUUUAGAGUUCUUUGUGGGCUUUCUCCUAUGCAUUGCUAAAUCUACGUCAAUACACGACCUUUUGCUACGUUUCUGCGGCUACUUGUGAAAAUAUCCUUACCCACAAAGGAGCAAGACCAGAUGUGCAUUGCCAAAGGGGCUUCAGACCCCGAGCUUAUGCUCGCCGAUUCAUUUCUGAUGGUUCAAGACAGGUAAAAGUACUCGAUCUUGUGCUGAUUGAUACAAAUAUCGG